AUGGUACAUAUGCCAGACAAAAAAACUUCGCAUCGCUCGGCAAAAAACAGCGAAAUUCCAGGAUAUCUGAAAUGGAGGCAUCUGACCAGCGGGCAGCGCGACAGUAGACUGCCCAGCUCGAUUCUUUUUCUCAUUCGGGUUAUUACGCUGACAGACUCUGUCAUUUCAUUCAACACAGCCAAGCGGCUCACAAACUCUCUUGAGUCCGUCUGCAAGACUGUAGGACAUCUCUGCAAGCAGCCUGUGGAGGAAAUGCACUAUCGCCAGAUACUGCACAUAUUUGGAAAAAUAUACACAUACGAGUCCUCGCAGUUUAAAAAUAAAGUGAAUCUUAUUAUUUCAAAAGUGGAAAUAGAAAACAGGCUCAUGCACUGCGAGAAAAAGGCCCUUGACUGGGUGCGCAGCAGGUACUCAGAGAUGGACACAACAGAAAUAGACUCAAAAAUGGCUCUAGAGAUAGACCAUCUGUUAAAAAACGAUGAAGAGUUCAAGUCCACUCUACUAACAGAUGAUGCCAUCCCUCUUCUACAUGCAGACACAAAUACUACUCUUCCAAACAUAGAACUAACACCCAUUAGCAUACCGAGUAAGGAUGUAAGUGGAGAAAAUGAAGAAAGACCAAAAAUAACCGUUACAAAGAAAGCCCUGUCUAUUCUGGAUAGAAUCAAGCAAAGAGCACAGGAGAGAAGAGAGCAAUACAUAAAAAUGGAGCAGGAGAAAGAAAAAGAGGUAAUAAAGGCAGCACAUGCGAUAUUCACACUCGCCAUCACCUCAAACAAGAAGUCUUUCCAGAAGGACUUCAUAGAAAAGAAAGUGGCUAUUUUUGCACAUAAAACAAUAACCAUAGAAGAUGUACUUAAACACCCUCUGACAAAAGAGCUGAUAAAAAUAAGAGAAACAGAAGACACAAAAUAUUUAUUAGUUGAUUUAGAGAAAUAUAAACACACACGUUUUGAAUAA